AUGAGUGGCUUCCGUGUAUUGGACUUGGUGAAGCCAUUUGGGCCCUUUUUGCCCGAAGUGAUUGCUCCUGAACGUAAGGUUCAGUUCCAGCAACGUGUCAUGUGGACCAUUAUUUCAUUGAUGAUUUUCCUUGUUAUGUCUGAAAUUCCACUAUACGGAAUUGCAUCGACUGAUGGAAGUGACCCCCUUUUCUGGUUGAGGAUGAUGUUGGCCUCGAAUAGGGGAACUUUGAUGGAAUUGGGUAUUUCGCCAAUUGUAUCAUCGGGUAUGUUGUUUCAAUUGUUGCAAGGUACCAAAUUGAUUCAUGUUGACAUGCAAAAUAAGAAUGACCGUGAGACUUUCCAAGUCGCUCAAAAAUUGUUGGCAAUUUUGUUGGCAGUGGGACAGGCUACUGUUUAUGUGUUGACGGGUAUUUAUGGACCACCAAAAGCUCUUGGGGUUGGUGUUUGUCUUUUGUUGAUUUUGCAAUUGGUAUUUGCCAGUGUUAUCGUCAUCUUGUUGGAUGAGUUGUUGCAAAAGGGUUAUGGUUUGGGUUCUGGUGUUUCAUUGUUUACUGCUACAAACACCUGUGAGCAAGUAUUUUGGAAAGCAUUUGCCCCCACCACAAGUUCGUCAGCUAGAGGUACUGAGUUUGAUGGUGCUGUUGUUUCCAUGUUCCACCUUCUUGGUUCUAGAAAGGACAAGAAAAGAGCCUUGAUUGAAUCCUUUUACAGACCAAACUUGCCAAACAUGUUUCAAUUGUUGGCCACUAUUUUGGUGUUUUUCACUGUUGUCUACUUGCAAGGAUUCAGAAUUGAAUUGCCAAUGAAAUCAACCAGACAAAGAGGACCAUAUGGAUUGUAUCCAAUCCGUUUGUUCUACACCUCAAAUAUUCCAAUUAUGUUGGAAAGUGCCCUUGCAUCCAACAUUUUUAUCAUUUCACAGUUGUUGUUUAUCAGAUGGCCAAAUAACUUGUUUAUUAAGCUUUUGGGUAGUUGGGAUGCUAGACCAGGAUCAUCACAAUUGUACGCCAAUGGAGGAUUGGCCUACUACAUUCAACCACCAUUUAGUUUUACUGAAGCAUUGUUGGAUCCAAUCAAAACCACAAUUUACAUUGCUUUUGUUCUUGGAUCAUGUGCUUUAUUCUCCACCACUUGGAUUGAGAUUAGUGGUACAUCACCUAGAGACAUUGCCAAGCAGUUCAAGGAACAAGGUUUGGUUAUUGCUGGUCAUAGAGAAACUUCAGCUUACAAGGAAUUGAAAAAGAUUAUCCCUGUUGCUGCUGCGUUUGGUGGUGCCACUAUUGGUGCAUUGUCUGUUGUCUGUGACUUGAUGGGUACUUUGGGAAGUGGUACCUCUAUAUUAUUAGCUGUCACCACCAUAUACGGCUACUAUGAGUUAGCUGUAAAGGAAGGUGGGUUUAACAAGUCGUUGGUUAGUGGGUUCUCUGAUGGUAUUUAG